AUGCCUAUGAGAGGUCUAAUAGGUGAUAUACAGUUAGAAAAGGAGGGCAACAAAAUUAUAUUUCAUGAUGAUCAGAUAGAUUGUAGUACAGAUGCAUGCACUGUGAAGUGCUCUACAAAUGAACCAGCAUUAGAUAGGUUGACACCUAGGAGUCCAUAUAAGAUUGAUAGAUCUCUAGUGAAGAAGAUGGAAAUAUAUGGCAGAUAUUGGCUUAGUUACUCAUAUAGAGCAGCUGGCCAUGCUACCUUAGCAUUUGGCAAUGUAGAGUUGAAAGAGCUUAUAGUGGAGAAGCCUCAUUGUGAAUUGAAAGCAGUAAUGUCUUAUGCUUGUGAAGCAUGCCUGGAACAGCCAAGAGUAACCAUUGCAUCAUAUAAUGUUAAGACAGAGGGUGCACUUGAAUUUGAAUCUAAUUGUACAUGGGAUAGACAAUAUUUAUCUUGUAACCUUGAGAUGUAUGAGAUUAAACAACUGAGCAUGAACAGAUUCUGUAAUAUAUAUAUUCCUGUGAUUAACAAGACUAUGAUGAUAACAUUUGAAUAUGAGUAUAGAGGAGGUGGAACAUUUUGCCCCAAGACAACCAUAGUUGAUGAGAAAAUUGUGGCUUUAUUAACUCCUCAAUUUAAUGAAAUAGACUCAUCUGCACCUUAUUACAACUUAGAUAUUGAAACACAAGUAGUAAGUGAAGAUGCACAAGUUGGUACUCCUCAAGAUAUAUUUAUAGUAUUGGAUGCAAAAGAAGAUUCGGUGUGUGACAUCCAAUCAACAUCUAAAGAAGUUGAAUGUCGCAAAAGACCAAUUUUACCAGUUGGGAAUGUCUUUCAGGAUGUUGAAAGCACACCAAAAUUAAAAAAAAAAUGUUUAACUGAAACAAAAAAAAAGAAAUAUAAAUAA